UAUAUCUCAUUAUUUCCUAUUACACACGGAAUCCGCAACCCUGGAACUCCUUUGGAAAUUUCUCGCCAAGUGAAGCCCGGAGUCAGAACACUAGGUAAAUCGUUUCUAUCUGGCGACUUAACAUCAAACCAUCAGUCGUUAUGGAGAGGGAUGCAGCCAAUGAGGAUAUGUUAGACGUCGAAAUCAAUCCGGUGUUUUUCAGUGGGCCGCUUCUACCGGAGCUGUUGCGCCGAGUUAUGGAGUACCUUAGUGAUGAUUACACCACUCUGCGAUCGGCAGCCUUGGUGAACAAGUCCUGGGCUACGGAAGCCAUCAGUGUCCUUUGGCAGAAGCCGCCGGUGGCAGCCUUGGCCUCGAGCCAAGAUAACCACCGCCAAUUCUACGCGCGCCAGGUCCGUGAACUAGACUUUGGGGGUCCAAAUGACGGAGGACAGCAUUCCCGUUUUCGUACCUUAGAGUUCCCAAGGCUUAGGCGUCUGACAAUCGACUAUUUUGGCCCAAAAGACGGAGAAAAGUUAUGGCUUGGUCAAUACAUACAGCCGAGCUUGGAGGAAUUCAGAUUUUAUGGGUCUGAGCCGGCUGAAGACUUACUUGGCCUACUGGAAACGCGUUGUCCACGGCUGCAGAGCAUUCUGAUCGAUUAUGCAUUCGAUGGGAUAAACACAGAACGUUUGGUAAAGUUCUUUGACUGUUGCAGAUCCCUGAGAUCAAUAUGUCUUCCAUCUUUCAUGGACGACUUCGUCGACGACCAGAUGCUCACCUACCUUGCCCGUCGUCAUGGCCUUGAGGACCUAGAAUUGGGGCAGACCAUCACCUAUGAGAUGAUUCAGAAGGCCUUUCAAGGGGCAGAGGCCCCUUUCAGGUCCAUCCGACGUCUCACAGUUCAACUGGAGUCGAAAGCAGUUGAACCACUUACUGCAGCCAUAAAAUCUGCUACCAACCUUCUACUUACCGUCGAAGACAACGAGCUGAGCCCUUUGCCACUUGUCAGGCCACUGAUAAAUCUUACUGAACUGGAGAUCGUCUUUUGCCGGGAGGCAAUUUGGCCAGCUACAGACUUACUUGCGCUCAAAAGAUUGAAGAAUUUACGCAGACUGUGUAUAUCUUCAUUAGAGGACCCCCCAGCAUUCCCCACAUUAACAGACCAAGAGUUCAUACAGCUUUUUGGGAAUCUGGGAGAGCUUCAACAUUUGGUAUUCCAAGCUCAGUGCAACUUGUCAACAGUAGCAAUCACUUCACUGGGAACGCAUUGUCGUCACCUUGAAUCCUGUGAGAUAUUUGGCUCAUAUGACUUGCACGGCUGGUCAACCAUCGAGCGACCGCUCUUUCCACAGUUACGACAGUUUGAACUUGGUGCAACAGUGACCGGAGAGCGAGAAUCACAGCCAUCUUCCUUGACCGUGGACGCCCAGAUGCUCGCACGUCUAAUCGUGGAGCAUGCACCAAAUUUGGAAGAAUUAUACCUUCAGGAUCAUGAUGAAUUUUCUAAAAUGGUGGUGGCGGCUUUCAAAGCCCAAACUGGUAACGAAUACAACUCAUAGUACGUACAAGGCGCGGGUGUACGAGGCUUAGCCAUGUGGACACUGUUUCAAAUGGAUUGUUUUACUAGGGACACAGAUGGGGAGACUUGAGUUUGGUAGAGUUAAACAUUGACCGUCUACCACCAACUAGAGCACAAAUUCAAAGACACUCCACAUAAUGAAUUCCUGGACAUCCUCUUUCCGG